GAGCGUGACGUUGAGCGUGACGCGGUACGCUCCGUCUCCUCUGGUCGUGCCGUGCAGCAGCUGCAGCUCCUUCUCUCCGCUCUCCGAACUCCAAGCACGGGCCCCGCAGAAAAUGGCCGUACCUCCCACCUACAUCGACCUGGGGAAGUCCGCCAGGGAUGUGUUCACCAAGGGCUACGGUUUCGGUCUCAUUAAGUUGGACUUGAAAACAAAGUCAGAGAAUGGCCUGGAGUUCACGAGCACCGGGUCAGCCAACACUGAGACCAGUAAAGUGAACGGCUCCCUGGAGACCAAGUACAAGUGGUCUGAGCACGGCCUGACUUUCACUGAGAAGUGGAACACGGACAAUACACUGGGCACCGAGAUCACCAUCGAAGACCAGCUGCUCAAAGGCCUCAAGUUGACAUUCGACUCUUCUUUCUCACCAAACACUGGGAAGAAGGGCGGUAAACUGAAGGGGGCCUAUAAGUGCGAGCACAUAAACGUGGGCUGUGACGUGAACUAUGACAUCAACGGCACGGCUAUCCACGGGGUGGCGGUGGUGGGCUAUGAGGGCUGGCUCGCCGGCUACCAGACCACGUUUGAGGCCGGGCGCAACAGAGUCACCCAGAGCAACUUCGCCGUGGGCUACAAGACUGACGAGUUUCAACUGCACACCAAUGUAAACGACGGCACAGAGUUCGGCGGAUCCAUUUAUCAGAAGGUGAACGAUAAGCUGGAGACGGCCGUGAACCUGGCCUGGACCGCGGGCAACAGCAACACACGCUUCGGGAUCGCAGCCAAAUACCAGAUCGACCAAGACGCCUCCUUCUCUGCGAAGGUGAACAACUCCAGUCUGGUGGGUCUUGGCUACACUCAGACUCUCAAACCUGGCAUUAAACUGACCCUCUCUGCUCUCCUCGACGGAAAGAACAUCAACGCUGGAGGCCACAAACUAGGCCUGGGGCUCGAGUUUCAGGCGUAGACACCAGAGACCACUCUGAAGGCACCCGUUCCCACCAAAACCACCCUCCAAACGCCUAUCGAUUAGCUCUAGUCCUCACCAGUCAAUCCCAGCGCCCCAUAGACGUGCUUUAUCGGUAUACAUCCAAGCACCACUUCUGAAUCAGAUGUUUGUUUAAGACACAUUUUAGCCCAUGUCAUAGGCCUGUCGCCACACACGUUUAGAAGCAAGUGUGAUAUAUUGCCUUUAAAAAUCUAGAAUAAUUUAUGCCACUCACACAUGAACAGGAUUAUACCAAAACCACGUUUAAAAAACUUGAGAGGCUGUAAAUAAAUGUCAAAAUUCAAUAGGUAAGUAGCAAGUUUGAAUCUAUAAUAAGUUGUUAUCCAAGCCUCCACACUUCAAAUGUUAUAUUACAGUAGUAUAAACAAUUCUCACGAUAAACACCAAAAACAGUCCCACGCAUCACUGAUUGAACGAUAUGUCCAUAGAAUAGUAUUGACCAUGACAGGCCUGACGUUUCAGAACAAAAUCUAGUGGAAAAAAUGUGAAACUUGUGAGUGAACACUUUGAAUUAUACCACAACAUUUAAAUACUAUGCUUUCUGAUGCAAUUGAAUGACGAGUGGUGAUAUAUAUAUUUAAAAAAGCAAAGUGGGUUCCAUGUUUUGAUGCUGUUACAGGGUUGAUUUCAUGCACUCCUGCUUAAUGAGACAGAGGAGAGCAGUGUCUGUCUGCAGUGGGGAGUAGUGUCCUGUUUCAGUAGCUACCACCCAAAAUGUAUUUAAUGUCAUGUUGUCUUGUGUGCUUUUUGGUCUAUGUUUUGUUGAAAAUAGACAAAUGGACAUAUUUUCUUUUCAUAGUUUCUUUCACAUGUGCAGUCUUACUCCCUCUGUGCGUCACAAAGAUGAGCUCUAGUACACCUGUAGAGUGGAGUUAAACUGAACCAUUGAAUGGACCUGGAAUGACCGUCUUCCACAAGAGGUCAAAGGAGAAACACUUAUAUUUGACACUGUUGUCAUUCCCUAAAGAAUAAAAUAAAAAUCUUGAACCAG